UAAUGAAAGGAAGGUAUGUAUGUAUGACGGUCGGAUCAGAAAUGUAAUGGGCAAAAUUGUAAUAGGAAAAAAUUAAAGAAGAACAGACAAAAUAAUGGAUCGAAAUCACUAUGGUUCUUGUGAGGUUGUUUGAGAUCGGAAGUGAAGGUGGAGGAAAGGAAAGAACAUCGAUGCCAGGCGAUCAGGAGAGGCCGGCUUCAGAAGCAGAACAGAUAUAUAAUCAUCUCAUGAAUCAAGGCCUUUCAAUUUGUUGAUCGUCAUCCAGAAUUGUGCAUAUUGGUGGGACACUCAGUGAUCAAUAGAUUUUUACACUAGGGAUGUUAGGGCCAACAUUUCAGUCAUUUAGGAAGAAGGGUCUGAAGGCUUCUUUUUCUCGGAAGUUCUUUCAGGUUGCUGAUGUCUAGUUUAUGUUACUGAUCAUUCCAAUAUGUGGUUUUCUUUUUGGCGGCCGAGGAAUAGAUUCUCCUUGGAAGAGCUCAGAUAUUUAACUGAUCAGCUGCAAAAGGUUCAAAUUGUUAAUGAAGUUAACAAGGAUUUUGUAAUUGAGGCUCUAAGAUCCGUUGCUGAGUUAGUAACAUAUGGUGAUCAGCAUGAUCCAACCUUUUUUGAGUUUUUUAUGGAGAAGCAGGUUAUGGGGGAUUUUGUACGUAUAUUAAAAAUUAGUAGAACUGUGAGCGUUCCUCUUCAGUUGCUACAGACAAUGAGUAUUAUGAUCCAGAAUUUAAAAAGUGAACAUGCUAUCUAUUAUAUUUUCAGCAAUGAACACAUAAACUAUCUUAUAAUGUAUUCCUUUGACUUUCGUAAUGAAGAGCUACUGUCGUAUUAUAUAUCCUUUCUGAGGGCAAUUAGUGGGAAGCUGAACAAAAGUACAAUUUCUCUUCUUGUGAAGACUCAAAAUGAUGAGGUAACAUCUUUUCCAUUAUAUACUGAGGCAAUACGUUUUGCUUUUCAUGAAGAGAGCAUGGUCCGCACUGCUGUACGUGCUUUGACCCUUAAUGUCUAUCAUGUUGGCGAUGAGUCUGUAAAUAGAUAUGUUACCAGUGCUGCAUUGGCUGAUUAUUUUUCAAGUUUGGUUACAAACUUCCAGAACCACUGCUUCAGAUUGGAUGAAUUGAUUUCUGAAGCUUCAAGGAACCCUAGCCCAGAAUCAACCUCCUGCAUUCUUGCUGGUGUGGAUGAAAUUGAAGAUUAUCUGUACUAUUUCAGUGAUGUCAUUUCUGCCGGCAUUCCCGAUAUUGGGAGAUUAAUAACAGAGAAUAUUUUGCAGCUUUUGGUUUUUCCAUUGCUUUUUUCCUCCCUGAGUAUGGACCUUGUUAAAAGUGAAAAACUGAUUGGUGCUACCACUUCUCUGUACUUACUUUGUUGCAUCUUGCGCAUUGUUAAAACCAAGGAUUUGGCAAAUAUUAUUGCUGCUGCUCUUUUCUGUCAGCCUGAGGCCUUUAUUCCAAUAUCUGAAGCUAAACUCAAUGGUUAUACUUCUAGUCAUGAUUUCAGUAAUGUAAAUCAACAGCUGGAAGAAGGUUCUUGUGGCACAAAGGCUGACACUGGUAGCUUAAGGGUUACUGUGUCAAAUUUAUCUAGUUCUUCUCAAAUUCAUUCCGCAGAAGAUCUAGCAUUGCAAAAUAACUACAGUGGUCCACAUUUGGCUCUGAGGGAGUUGUUGUGGUCAUAUGUGGUUAGUGGGAGUGACAUACAAGUGUCAGGUUCUUUGUACAUGAUGGCUACAUUACUGCAAACAAAAGAACUGGAUGAGCCAAUGCUGGAUGCACUUGGAAUUCUUCCACAAAGAAAACAACAUAAGAAGCUCUUGUUGCAAGCUUUGGUAGGUGAGGGCUCAGGUGAGGAGCGGCUCUUUUCCUCAGGAGGAAGCCCAAUGAAAGAUGGUUCCAGUAGCGAGCUUGAUAGCUAUUUCCAAAAGCUCAAGGAUCAGUACAGAUUAUCGUGUCCUUGCAGUUGCAGUGAGCUUGGAAUGAGCCCUCGAGCACAGAGAUUCCAGGUGCUCGAUGCAUUGGUCAGUCUUUUUUGCAGGUCAGAUGUAUCUGCAGAGACAUUGUGGGAUGGUGGGUGGCUCUUUCGCCAACUGCUUCCUUAUAAUGAGUUAGAGUUCAGCAACCAUCAUCUCGACUUAAUAAAAGACUCCUACAAGAACUGUACCAAUGCUCUUGUCAAAGAAAUCAGAGGAAUCUGGCCGGAUUUACUUCUAACAGUUAUUGGUGAUGAGUGGAAGAAGUGCAAAAAAGCAAUGGAAUCCUCGUCCCCUAGAAAAGAGCCGAAGUCCAUUCUCUUGCCAUCUCAAAAGUGGUCUUCUGAAGGUGAAUCAUCAUUUACUGCCGGUGAAAGAAUGCACGAGAUAGUGAAGGUUUUUGUACUUCGUCAUCAACUUCAGAUUUUUUCUAUUGGAGGUUCCUUACCAGAUCAACCUCCUAUCCAUUCUGCAGUGGAUUUCUGUGUAAGCUCACGAGCAAAGACGACAGGUCUAGAUUUAUUGGGCCCAAAGCCUGGCACCGAAAUCAACAUAGUUGAUGCAGUGGCUUGUAAAAUUGCAUUUGAGAGAGGGAAAGAACGCCACCUUUUCUUUCUAGCAAUUUCUAGAGGAACAUCUGGGUGGGUUCUCCUUGCAGAAGAGUUGCCCCUUAAGCAGAAUUAUGGAGUUAUUCGUGUUGUGGCACCCUUAGCUGGCACUAAUCCAAGAAUUGAUGACAAGCAUUCAAAAUGGUUGCACCUACGCAUUCGUCCAUCCACUUUACCCUUCAUGGAUUCAUCUAAGUUGGCCUUUGCAAAAGUGAAGACAAAAGCUUUGGUUGAUGGGAGAUGGACAAUUGCAUUUAGAGAUGAUGUAACUUGCAAAUAUGCCCUUUCUAUGAUACUUGAGGAGAUGGAUUUACUAUGUAAAGAGGUGGAGAUGAGGCUAGAGCCUUUGCUUCAUUUGGACAGACCUGUAAAUGCAUUAGACCGUUCUCAUCUAUCUCGAUAGCCUUCAUCAACAACACCAACAUAUUCGUUGUAGGUUUCUCACUUGUUCAGUUGUGAAAUAAUAAUUGCUUUAUCGGUAGGUUGGGGACCUACCUGUUACCCUUUGUAUACUAUUAGUACCAUAAAGCAGCCUUAGAAAUACAAAAAUGUAGAAUAGUGUCUCAGCCAGUGCCAUGAGUCGGUGUUAAUUUCCUUGUAUACUAGAUUUUCUUUUCUUGGCCCUAAUUUUUGUAGGUUUUGCAUUUCUUUUUGUUUGGUCAUUCUUUAACAAUCCCUGUUUGAGGGUUUUUUCUUCAAUUUGUUGUGUAAUUCCAAAUGUAUAUCUUGGAUGAUUCAUAUCAUAGUAAAGUUGCAAGCGUUUGGCAUUUUUUUUUCUUGACAA